CAAAAGGGUUAACCCUCAGCCCGCCUGCUUCCUUCGGAGAGGAGGGGCGAGCUCCUGGCUCUGACCCCUCCCCUGGUCCUACGCUGACCUCCCCUUCCCCCUUCAUUUUGGGUGGGCGCACACACGUGGGGCUUUUGGUGGUGUUUGGCACCUUUAGGGAGGGAAGCUUGUUACGGGAGGGCUUCUGAAAUCAACGAUGUUGGAGUUUGGAAUCAGAGUCAACCUGAGCUGAGCUAAGACCUCAGGCCUGGCCGUGCGCUGCCACUGCGAUUUGGGAGGGAGGGGAGUUGGCUAUUGAUCACCAGGGUUGUCGCGGACAGCCCACCCGGCCUGCGCGCGGGCGCCCCCUGGAGGCCCAGCUUGAAUCCUAGCCCUUUGCUGGGAGGCGGGGUCCCUUCGCAGGUGCUGGCUCACACCUGGUGGAUGGGACCGGUUGCGGGGGGUGAAUGGAGAGUACUGGGCUGGGCCAGGGAUGGGCACCCCAGGGGAUUCGUGCCGGUCGCCUGCGUGAUCGCCGUCUGUGCCCGCUGUUCUUUGCCAAGUCUGGAAUUCUUGGUAAUAACUCCUGGCGGCUAGAGUGUGUUUGCAGAGCCUCCAAUUUCUUCCUUGGGACAGAAGGUUGUUUUCCCAAGCAGUGCGUUUGUAAUGGCUGCGUUUGGGUUGUUUGCAUUUGAUCUGCCUAAAAUUAUAUAGUUAGAUAUAUAAUUCAGACAUAUAUACCUAACUUGGAUGUAUAUGUCUCACAUGAUUUUUUAGAAUGCAGAUUGAGCUGGUCUUAUUUUGCAAAGCCAUUCGAGAAUACAGUUUUCGAGGGAGGAAAAUGACGUCUGGCGAUCAAUUAACAGAUCAAAAAAUCUGCAGGUGGUCGCGGGGCUAACACUACAUACAGGAAAAAUUAGCAUUUUCUCAAAAGAGUUUCAAAUGCCCUUUGUGCUAAACUGGAUUACAAACAUCAACGAUUAGGAUUCCCAAGUUUCGAACGACUUCCUAUUUCCAAUUACUCACCAAAAUGACCCAGGCUGGCUAGAAGGAUUUUGAGGUUACUUAACGUUUCAGGCCAGCUUUCUACGUUAGAUUUCAUCUGGGUUUCCCAUAGGGAGAGAAGCUACAAUUUGCCAAACAGCUCCUUUUGUUGAAUACAAAUGUGCAGUGCACAAGCAAAUGAUACUUUGUCAUUCGUGCUGCUGUUGGUGAGUUUCCUCCUGGGCUGUGGGUUGGGGAACCAUCUUGGGAGGCAGAAGGCAGUUAGCAUUUCCUUUUUUUAAAAUGUGAAGUUUACGUUGAUGCCUAGGAAGUCAGGUUUUAGAAUGGGAUCCGCAUUCCAGUGUGGCUGUGUGACUUUCAGCUGUGUAACCUUGGAGCCAGCUUGGUGUUUUUUUUCUCUGAGUUUUUGGGCUCCUCCUCUAUAUAGUGGUGAUAAAAUGCCCUGUUUAGAUAAUUUCAACUGUAGAAGGGCUACUAUGAAUUGGGAAUGUGAUCAGUACUAAUUUUGUUCAAAAUACCAAAAUGUUUUUAUUUGCGUUUAUUGUGUCAAGAUGGUGUUGAGCUGCCAGUUGAGGCAAUUUAGCAGAAACGGCAGUGUGCUGCCCGCCAGACACCUGGCUGGGGACUUGAGUGCGCUAUCUUGAAUUCAAGAAAUUAAAGACCAAAAUUGAUAGUCAUAUUUUUACUCAUUUUAAAUUGCAGCACCUGUUUGAAAUGGCUUUGCCUGUGGUGUCUUGUCCUGCUUGAUGUCCCAUGGUGCCUUGUUCUACCUCACCCCAGAGUUCAAGGAACUGUUUUUUUUUUUUUUUUUAAAUAGCCUUAGGCCAGUUGGUGAUGUGAUGAGAUUUUCUUUUUGGCAUCUUUGACAAGGGAGCCAUGAUUGGUGCUUGGCGGGUUGGGUUUGGUGGCUUCUCUUCUGCCAUCUUAAAUGUUGGGAUGUGUCUUCACGUGGUUUAGAUGAAGAGGUCCCAGAAAUAAAACAAAGUUGGAGUUUGGUUGGCUUCUGUGGAUUGUACUACCCUGGAAAAAUGAAUGGCGAAAAGAGUUCCAGAAGUUCUCUCUUCCUCAUCACCUUUAGCCUACAGUACUUUUGACUAUUUUUUUAAAUGUCUAAACAUUUUUAAAAGCCACUAAAUCCAGAUAAGAACUGCAUCGCCAGUCACCGCAAUUCCCCCCAAUCCCCGCCCCAAUGAAUUGUAUGUCUGUGUCAGGUUUUGUUCAGGGGGACUCUGGAGACAGGCAACAAAAACCCCUGCCCUGAUGGAGUUUACAAACUUGCCUGAUCUCUAGUUGGGGCAGAGUGGGACACGUCCCUAACCUUGGAAGCAAAAAGAGGUCACACGCCUUAGUGCCUAGGAAACUUUCUUUGAGCCAUUUACUCUUUUUUUUUCCUCUCCAGCAGAGUCCCUGAGUUUUGGUUCAAGGCUGUUUGAAACUUUGCCUUUUUUAGAUGUUAACUAGGUAGAAACUUAAAGUCUAAUUUGCCUUCUAUGACUUGAGUUGAAGGCUUUUUGACUGCUAAAAUUAAACUGCUAAAGAGGCACUUUUCUUUCAACUGGUUAAAUACUUAAGAAGGCACAUAAUUUCCUUUUGUUUUUUCGUAAGCAAUUAUCCUGGGGGUGGGGGAGGGUAGAAGAUGUGUGCUUUACAUAAUCUACUCAUUGUAGUUCUUUAAAUGUAGGAAUGAAAAAAAGAUAAGCUUGAGUCAUAAUGCUUUUAUCAAGAUAUACGGGUUUUACUUUUUAAGCAUUUCAGUGUCUCCAGAAUUUGAUUGGUCACUAGUAGAUGAACUUUCUUCCUAUACAAUAGUAAGAGUAUUUUCUAUCCAUUUGGCAGUGAUUGAAUCUAAGACCCCUGCUGGGUUUACUGCAUUCUUCCAACUUAUUGGAUAACUAGAUGCUGCAAGAUAACAUUCCUAAAAUUCGGGGUGGGGGUGGGGUGGAGAAAUGGAAGAACUAGUUGCUGUGUAAUCCCUCUGAACUUUGCUUUUUUUCCUUUGGGGUUAACUUAAGCAUGUCCAGCAAUUGUUCAUAACAGAAUCUUCUUACUCCUUGGCAAAUACAGUUUCGGUAUUUACCAGUGGCGGCCUGGAUGUAGAAGCACUUUUUACUGCACAAGCAAACAGAGCUGCUCCUGUUUUAAGACUCAAGUGGGAUGUUGCUGGUGGAGGCUACAGAAGAGGCGAGCUUGUGUAUACAGCAAAGGCAAGCUGGUGCUCCAGUGAACCACCCGGGGAAUGACGAGGGGGCAAGUGAGGACGAAGCCACAGUAAAGCGGCUUCGUCGGGAGGAGACACACGUCUGUGAGAAAUGCUGUGCAGAGUUCUUCAGCGUCUCUGAGUUUCUGGAACAUAAGAAAAAUUGCACUAAAAAUCCACCUGUCCUCAUCAUGAAUGACAGCGAGGGGCCGGUGCCUUCAGAAGACUUCUCCAGAGCUGUACUGAGCCACCAGCCCGCCAGCCCCAGCAGUAAGGACGGUCACAGGGAGAAUGGCGGCAGCUCAGAGGAUGUGAAGGAGAAGCCGGGCGCGGAGUCUGUGGUGUACCUAAAGACAGAGACAGCCCUGCCACCCACCCCCCAGGACAUAAGCUAUUUAGCCAAAGGCAAAGUGGCCAACACUAACGUGACCUUGCAGGCACUACGGGGCACCAAGGUGGCGGUGAAUCAGCGGAGCGCGGAUGCACUCCCUGCCCCCGUGCCUGGCGCCAACAGCAUCCCGUGGGUCCUCGAGCAGAUCUUGUGUCUGCAGCAGCAGCAGCUACAGCAGAUCCAGCUCACCGAGCAGAUCCGCAUCCAGGUGAACAUGUGGGCCUCCCACGCCCUCCACUCGAGUGGGGCAGGGGCUGACACUCUGAAGACCUUGGGCAGCCACAUGUCUCAGCAGGUUUCUGCAGCCGUGGCUUUGCUCAGCCAGAAAGCUGGAAGCCAAGGUCUGUCUCUGGAUGCCUUGAAACAAGCCAAGCUACCUCAUGCCAACAUCCCUUCUGCCACCAGCUCCCUGUCCCCAGGGCUGGCGCCCUUCGCGCUGAAGCCGGAUGGGACCCGGGUGCUCCCGAACGUCAUGUCCCGCCUCCCGAGUGCUUUGCUUCCUCAGGCCCCGGGCUCGGUGCUCUUCCAGAGCCCUUUCUCCACUGUGACGCUAGACACAUCCAAGAAAGGGAAGGGGAAGCCCCCGAACAUCUCUGCGGUGGAUGUCAAACCCAAAGACGAGGCGGUCCUCUACAAGCACAAGUGUAAGUACUGUAGCAAGGUUUUUGGGACUGAUAGCUCCUUGCAGAUCCACCUCCGCUCCCACACUGGAGAGAGACCCUUCGUGUGCUCUGUCUGUGGUCAUCGCUUCACCACCAAGGGCAACCUCAAGGUGCACUUUCACCGACAUCCCCAGGUGAAGGCAAACCCCCAGCUGUUUGCCGAGUUCCAGGACAAAGUGGCGGCUGGCAAUGGCAUCCCCUAUGCACUCUCUGUACCUGACCCCAUAGAUGAAUCGAGUCUUUCCUUAGACAGCAAACCUGUCCUUGUAACCACCUCUGUAGGGCUACCUCAGAAUCUCUCUUCGGGGACUAAUCCCAAGGACCUCACGGGUGGCCCCUUGCCCAGUGACCUGCAGCCUGGGCCUUCUCCAGAAAGUGAGGGUGGACCCACACUCCCUGGGGUGGGACCAAACCAUAAUUCCCCAAGGGCUGGUGGCUUCCAAGGGAGUGGGACCCCUGAGCCAGGGUCAGAGACUCUGAAAUUGCAGCAACUGGUGGAGAACAUUGACAAGGCCACCACUGAUCCCAACGAAUGUCUCAUUUGCCACCGAGUCUUAAGCUGCCAGAGCUCCCUCAAGAUGCAUUAUCGCACCCACACCGGGGAGAGACCGUUCCAGUGUAAGAUCUGUGGCCGAGCCUUUUCUACCAAAGGUAACCUGAAGACACACCUCGGGGUUCACCGAACCAAUACGUCCAUUAAGACACAGCAUUCAUGCCCCAUCUGCCAGAAGAAGUUCACCAACGCCGUGAUGCUGCAGCAGCAUAUUCGGAUGCACAUGGGCGGUCAGAUUCCCAACACGCCCCUGCCAGAGAAUCCCUGUGACUUUCCGGGUUCUGAGCCAAUGACGGUGGGUGAGAACGGCAGCAUCGGCGCCAUCUGCCAUGAUGAUGUCAUCGAAAGCAUCGAUUUAGAGGAAGUCAGCUCCCAGGAGGCUCCCAGCAGCUCCUCGAAGGUCCCCACGCCUCUUCCCAGCAUCCACUCGGCAUCACCCACACUAGGGUUUGCCAUGAUGGCUUCCUUAGAUGCCCCAGGGAAAGUGGGUCCUGCCCCUUUUAACCUGCAGCGCCAGGGCAGCAGAGAAAACGGUUCCGUGGAGAGUGACGGCUUGACCAACGACUCGUCCUCGCUGAUGGGAGACCAGGAGUAUCAGAGCCGAAGCCCAGACAUCCUGGAAACCACAUCCUUCCAGGCACUCUCCCCGGCCAAUAGUCAAGCCGAAAGCAUCAAGUCAAAGUCUCCCGAUGCUGGGAGCAAAGCAGAGAGCUCCGAGAACAGCCGCACUGAGAUGGAAGGUCGGAGCAGUCUCCCUUCCACGUUUAUCCGAGCCCAGCCAACCUAUGUCAAGGUUGAAGUUCCUGGCACGUUUGUGGGACCCUCAACAUUGUCCCCAGGGAUGACCCCUUUGUUAGCAGCCCAGCCACGCCGACAGGCCAAGCAACAUGGCUGCACACGGUGUGGGAAGAACUUCUCGUCUGCUAGCGCUCUUCAGAUCCACGAGCGGACUCACACUGGAGAGAAGCCUUUUGUGUGCAACAUUUGUGGGCGAGCUUUUACCACCAAAGGCAACUUAAAGGUUCACUACAUGACACACGGGGCGAACAAUAACUCAGCCCGCCGUGGAAGGAAGCUGGCCAUCGAGAACACCAUGGCUCUGUUAGGUACGGACGGAAAAAGAGUCUCAGAAAUCUUUCCCAAGGAAAUCCUGGCCCCUUCGGUGAAUGUGGACCCUGUGGUGUGGAACCAGUAUACCAGCAUGCUCAAUGGCGGUCUGGCUGUGAAGACCAAUGAGAUCUCUGUGAUCCAGAGUGGAGGGGUUCCUACCCUCCCUGUUUCCUUGGGGGCCACCUCCGUUGUGAGUAACGCCACUGUCUCCAAGAUGGAUGGCUCCCAAUCGAGUAUCAGUGCCGAUGUGGAAAAACCAAGUGCUACUGACGGCGUUCCCAAACACCAGUUUCCUCACUUCCUAGAAGAAAACAAGAUUGCGGUCAGCUAAGCAAGGGAGAACUUGAGUGGAAGGAGCAAUGCAGACACCGUGAAAUCUCUAGAAUCUGCUUUGUUUUGUAAGAACUCAUCUCCUCCUGUUUUCUUUUUCUUACUGAUAUGCAAAUGAUGUUUACGAUGGUUGUGACCACAACCUCAGGCAAGUCCUACAAUCACAAUUGUUGCUAUGCUGCUUUGCAAAAAGUUGAAAAAAUAAAAAAAUUCAUACCAAAACAAAUACAGACUGUUUUUUUUGAGAUGGAGUCUCGCUCUAUCACCCAGGCUGGAGUGCAGUGGUAUUGAUCUCGGC